AUGGAUAUUUUCAGCACAAAAAUAUUUAUGUCAGAUGACAUUAGAACUGUCCACAUGCAGCGCACACUAGUGGAUGAGAUUGCAUUUGCAGAGCCACUUAAGAAUGCAGACAAAAUUAAAAAGAUCUCUGGGAUAUACAAAGACUUCAGAUUCUCCGAGCCAGAAAGCGCCCCUUUUGCUACGCCCUUAGCAAUUACGAAAGGACUGCGGUUUGAAGAGAAAGAGGCCAGCUGGAAUUUUGUCAACUUUUUCCCAGAUAUGCCCAGUAUAACGGCAAGAGACAAAGAUUCAAGACCAAGAAACUUCCGGCCCAGAAGCACAAUUAUCAUGAACAGGGCGCUAGACAAAGGAGCCCCCUACUUGAUGUACUCCCUGGAUGGGCAUAAGUACACCAUACGAAAGGAAAGAGCCACUGACAGCACAGAUACAGUUGCUGUCAUCAACAGGGAAUUGGAGCCAAUUAAAAUAGAGCUUUACAGGAACACUGCGCACUUCCUGAACGAAGACCACCUGGAUAUAAUUGAAUGUACCCGUCUCACAAAGCACAGAAUAAAUCUGUCAAAUGCAGUGGACAUGUCAGUGCCAGAAAAAGGAGGAACAAUAAUCCCAAUUCUGAAGGAAAUGGAAGAAAGAAAGGGAAUUAACACGAAGAAAAUGUACCUGGAUAGGGUAGAUAUGGCAACAGGAAAAAUAGAUAAUUAUGUGCUAAAUUGCCCAGGGACAUUGGAGAAGUACAAGAGAAUUUCAAAUACAUGGCACCCACAGGAAUAUAUUAUAAUGUCCAGUGGGACUGCAGGAAUAAUUGACUUGCGCGAGAAAAAAUCACGCACUUUCUGGAAUUGCAGGGAAAUUCUGGCGCACCCAGGGGAGAACUUCAAUGAAUACCACAAGAUAGAAAAGGGUGCAGGCAGCAAGAUAUACAUCACAAAUGGAGGUACCUUAGGAUCGUUUGAUAUGCGAAAUCUAACAACACCUUAUGGCAUAUGCAAUACAAAUCUCAGGAAUGGAGUGUUGUCUAUGGGAAGGCAUCCUGCUGUAUAUAACAAUUCAGGAAAAUUCUUCUUCCAGAGUGCAACAGACCCGGAUAAUUGUAUAAUGAAAAUAUACAACUUCAAUACGACGGAUAAACUGCUUGGUUUUGAGUGGGUUGGAAGGUCUGCAAAUCUUCCUUACUCAAUGGCUGCCUUCUUAUUCAAGAGCAGGCUGUGCAUCUUUUCUGGGACUGGGGAGGUUCAUGAAGUUCAAAUUGGGCAAAAAAAGUCCCAGCGGUAUAAAAGGAGAGAUGUGGAUAAGCAGCUAUCAAAUAACAAAAUAUAUACAGAUGGAUUCUUUAGGAAACCAUUGAAGGCAAUGAAGGAAAAAGCUGUUGAUUCAUAUACCAUAUUGGAAAGAUCCCUUUUGAAUGGGUUUAGGGAUCCUUUGGAUACUGAAAGUGCCAAAUCCACAGCAAUAAGCCCUUCUGAGGAUGUGAUUAAAGUUCUUGGGUACACAAAAAUGAUAAAUUACAUGGUACCCAGUGACACAGCACUUCUUCUGAACAAAAGUAAAGACGAGAAAAAAGAGCACGAAUAA